GGUGGUUUUGCUGAUCGAGGUUUAUGUGGAAAAAAUGUCGGAACUAGAAGAGGAGGAGGCAGUUCAUGUUCUCCUAGAGGUUCUGGUUUCGGAAAAGGUGAUGAUGUGCUCGGAAGCGAUGAAGACACGGAAAGGUCUGCAGGUUUCGGAGAAAGAGUUGGUCGCUCAUUCCAAUCCAGAAGUUCAGGCUUCGGAGGCGCUAGUGAUGACUUAGACACUGGCAAAAGCGACUUUGAAAGAGCACGAGGCAGAGGAGGUUUCGUCAGAGGGAGAGGAUUCGGAGUAUUUGGCUCAAGAAAUGCUGGGUUUGGAUCAAGAGAUGCUACCUUCGGUGGUGACGACAGCGGUUCAGAAAGAGGAGCGACAAACUCUUUCAGGGGGCGAGGCGGCCUCAGCAGUAAAGGAACCAACUCUGAUUUCAAUGGUUAUGGUUUUGGAAGUGGGCUCGACGGUUUUUCUAAAAGAAAUGGUGGUUUUGGCGGCCGUGAUGCAAGCAACAGUAACAAGUCCGAAUUUGGGAGUGAUUCUGUUGGAUUCGGUUUCGGAGCUACUUCUUCAUUCGGCUCGGAGAGAAGUGGCUUUCGACAAGAAUCGACGCGGUUGGAAGAAGGUCCGUUGUUGGGCUAUCCUUCUUUUCUCGAGCCCUUUUCUUAUCCUCAACGUCUUCAAGAACACCUAUCGAAAUGCUUUAAAUGCAAUAAUGAAGGUCAUCGAUCUAGUGAAUGUCCAAUACAGAAAAGUGGGUCUCGCAAAAGUCUUACUCAUGUCAUCAUUUGGUUCGGGGAAACUGUGUCUCCUAAUGCAUUUUUUCAUGAAUACGUCGGUUACAUGGUAGUGCUAAAAAUCUGUCUGGAUUUUCCCUUGCUCAACUCACAUUCAGGCAAUACCUGCUACAACUGUGGUGCAGAGGACCACAUUUCUCGUGAAUGUACAAAUCCUCCCAGAAUGCGCAGGAGUGGGAAUGACGAAGCGCCAAGAAAACUGCCUUCUACCUUCGUCCCAGAAGAUGAAGAUAUUGAAGUGUUAUUCAGAGAUCGUAUUGAACAGGGCGAAAUGUUUACGAAGUUAUUCGAAGCUGAAGUAACGCUCACAGAAGGAGGUCUACAGUUGACGGAGCAGUUGAGCGAUAAUGUAGCGAAUGCUGGCUAUAAGUAUCCAACUCCUAUUCAGCAAUACGCCAUUCCUGCUAUUUUCAAGGGGCGUGAUAUUAUGGCUUGUGCACAGACUGGCUCUGGCAAAACUGCUGCAUUUUUAUUGCCAGUGAUGACCGCACUCAUGCGAACUGGAAAUUUAAGUAACUCCGCUGAAAGCACAUGCUGCCCCAGGUGCCUGAUCAUCGCACCUACGCGUGAGCUCGCUGUGCAGAUCUAUAACGAAAGCAGAAAGUUUGCCUUCAAAACGGUUAUACGCGUUGCCUGUUGUUAUGGAGGAACCUCUGUCAUGGCGCAGCGACAAUCAAUUCGUGGCGCUUCAAUACUUGUUGCCACCGUCGGACGUCUAAAACAGUUUAUUUCUGAAGGUUGUAUCUCCCUUCGAGAGAUUAAAUACCUUAUUCUGGAUGAGGCAGAUCGCAUGUUGGAGCUGGGGUUCGAGGAUUCGAUGAACUUCAUUCUAAAUCAUCCGUCGCUUGCUGCAAAAGAAGAAAGGCAAACCUUCAUGUUCAGUGCGACCUUUCCGCCUGAUGUGCAAGCGAUAGCGGCACAGCAAUUAAAAGCCGACUUUUUGAUGAUUACAGUUGGGAAAAUCGGCGUUGCUAAUAAGUGUAUUACACAAGAAAUCAUUGCUUGUUCCUCAGUUACCGACAAAAAGGAGAAGUUCUUCGAGCUCUUAAACAUUGAUCUCAAAAAAUACGAAAUACAUAAAGAAGCUGACGUAUUCAAAGAGAAAACGAUGGUGUUCGUCUCACGCAAGCUGUUUGCGGACUUUCUUGGAGUGCUGUUAAGCGAAUGCGGUAUUCCAUCGACAACGAUCCAUGGAGAUCGUAUUCAGAAUCAGCGUGCGAAGGCGAUAAAUGAAUUCAAAUAUGGAAAAAAACCGGUCCUGAUUGCGACAGCAGUGGGUGAGAGAGGACUGGAUAUCAAAGGAGUAGAUCAUGUGAUCAAUUAUGAUUUACCUACCAAUAUACAAGAUUACGUCCAUCGCAUCGGAAGAACUGGGCGUGUUGGUAAUCCCGGACGUGCCACAUCGCUUUAUCUUUCAGAAGAAAACAAGGGAUUGGCCCAAAGCCUAGUAGAAAUUUUGACGGAAGCCGGACAGGUUUGUCUGGAUUUUGAAGUGAGUUUUCACCACUUCAUAGGGCUCGACGAGCUGGUUGAACCAUGUAUGUAA